CGUCAAUUUUUUCCACUUGUCAACAACAUAACGCCUUUCGCGUAUAGGCGGUGUUUAUGAGGCGGUGUUUAUAUACAUUUUUCGCAUCUAUUUCUCUAUAUAACUGUUAAAUAAAGAUUGAGAUCAAAUAAAGGAAAAGAGUAGAGGAAAUUGGAGUAAAAGAAAAUGUCAGGACCAAUGGUACUGUGUCAGCUAUGGAUGGGUGGUCUGGAGCCAUACAUGACGGAGAGCUUCAUCAUGAAUGCAUUUCACAAGAUGGGCGAACAACCACAGACGGUAAAGGUAAUGCGGAAUCGAUACACAGGUGAGCCUGCAGGAUAUUGCUUUGUACAUUUUCCAACUGACGAAAUGGCUCUCGAUGCCAUGCACAAAUUAAAUGGCAAAGUGAUACCCGGUUCAAAUCCUCCUGUACGGUUUCGCUUAAAUCAUGCCAGUACAACGGGAAAACCUGCAGCUGAGAGAGAAUUCAGUAUUUGGGUAGGCGAUUUGUCCACCGAUGUAGAUGAUUAUUCUUUAUACAGAGCAUUUGCUGCAAAAUAUAAUUCAAUCAGGACAGCUAAAGUUAUAUUGGAUAGCUCAGGAUUCAGUAAAGGCUACGGUUUUGUUAGAUUUGCAAAUGAGGAAGAACAGAAGAACAGCUUAAUCACCAUGAAUGGUUAUAGAGGACUUGGAACUAAAUCUCUGAAAAUUUGCAAUGCUGUACCUAGACCCUGGAAUAAAAUAUCUGGUUCAACACCACCACAAUCAACUUCUGAAUAUCCAGCAUCAAAUAUGAAUUCAGAAGCAUAUAAUUAUUAUGAUACAUCAUCAUAUUGGAACAGUUACAGUGCUUGGCAACAAGGCUAUUACGAAAGUGAACCAACAUCAGAUGCCUAUAACAAUUAUGUAUCUGAUCAGAAACCUGAGGAAGACGAAUUAGAAUUAAUCGAACAUUCGGUCCCUAUUGACAUUGAUAAGGCAAAUAGAGAAAUAAUCGAACAAGACUAUAAUUUAUGGGAUGCUUUGGAAAGUUCAAAAUGGAUUCCAUGCGAUACUAUAGAAUUGUGCUAUUAAUUAAUUAAGAAUAAAGUAUAAAGAAUAUAUCUCACUUUUAAA